AUCGCUGUCAACGCGACAAUAGCAGUAGACGUCAAAUUGUUGUUUACGUCAAACAGCAUUUAAGUUAGCAUUUCCCGAGAACAUGUUGUGAUUUUAAGUAUCCGUUUAAAAACACGCCGAAAUGUGGAUUAUUUUGAGCGCCGUUUUCGUGCAAAUAGUCUUUCUUCUUUCAGUGUUUGAUAUUCAUUUCCAUUCACCGAUAGUCAAGGGAAUGACUCCGUAUGCUAACCCUAUCCCAGCACCGGCCAAAAGAUUGGUACUUUUCUCAGCUGAUGGAUUAAGAUUCGACACAUUUCUCAGUUACGGCAACGAUCGAGAACCAAAUGCGAAAUUUCUCAGAUCAAUAGCGAGCAGUAGAGGAAAAUGGGGAUUGUCCAACACUAGAGUGCCAACCGAAUCCCGUCCUGGACAUGUAGCCAUGAUCGCUGGAUUGUAUGAAGAUCCUUCUGCUGUUUUCAGAGGCUGGAAAGAGAACCCAGUUGAAUUUGACUCUGUUUUCAAUCAAAGCAGUUACACAUUUGGCUGGGGUAGCCCAGAUAUUCUUUCCAUGUUUUCAAAAGGAACAAAGGGUAAUGUUAUGUCAUAUACUUAUUCGUCCGAGAGUGAACAGUUUACUGGGCAUGACGCCUACAAACUAGACGAAUGGGUAUUUGAACAUUUUGAGCGAUUCAUUAAAAUGGCUCCUCAUAACGCCACACUUUCGAGCAUGUUGCAAGAGCGAAAGUUGAUAUUUUUCAUCCACCUUCUGGGAUUGGACACCAACGGCCAUACGAACAAACCCCACUCUACAUUUUAUACCGAUAAUCUUCGGUACGUGGACCAAGGGAUUGCCAAAAUUGAAGGGUUAAUCAACGAAUAUUUCAAAGACAAUCACACUGCCUUUAUUUUUACUGCCGAUCACGGAAUGACCGAUUGGGGAUCUCAUGGAGCGGGUCAUCCGUCCGAAACACAAACCCCGGUAGUGGCAUGGGGCGCUGGAAUCAAUACGAAAAACAUUGAUGCCAUACACUGGGAGAAUAACAGAAACGACAUGGAACAAGCUGAUGUUGCACCUUUGAUGGCUGCAUUACUGGGAAUCAAUUUUCCAGUCAAUUCUGUGGGAAAAUUACCUUUAGCUUAUCUGGCCGACGAAAUGCUUUGGAAGUCACACUGUGCCUUAGCCAAUGUCCAACAACUGAGCCGAUCUUUUCAAGCUCUUUCUCAACGUCAGCAAGACCGGAGUCUUUCGUUGCGGUUCCGGCCUUUCUGGCCGCUGGAAUCCAACCAAGUGAGCGCCCAUAAUCUUCAACAGAUUGAAGCGUCAAUCCGCUCUGGUUACUACAAUGAAUCGAUCCAGCAAAGUCUCAAUUUAAUGGACCUUUGCCUUCAAGGCAUGGAUUAUUUUUAUCGCUACGACGAGUUUCAACUGAAAAUGUUUAUCACGUUGGCUUACAUCGGAUGGGCUGGCAUCCUCGCCGUGUUUAUUAUUCAAGAACGACUAGUCACGACAUCUAAAAAGAAAACUGGUCAUCAGUUCCGGCUAAUUGAUCAAAUCGUUUUCGGAUUAUCUGUGGUCAUCUUCAUCGUUCUAACGGUGGAGGGAGUCCCGUUUCUCUAUUACGCCUAUCACUUACUGCCUUUGAUGUUGUGGUGGUAUUGCUUACGCCAGUCGAAACAAAUGCUCCGCCAAACCAUCCGUCUAAUCCGCAUCCGCCAUUUUGUAUGGGCCACCUUCAUUCUCGGUGGACUUGAAUUCAUUGUGGCCGGGUUCUUUUACCGGUGGUUUCUCUCUGUCGGACUGGUUUUCAUGUCACUUUGGCCGCACUGGGACCAACACUCAUCCAGCCGAUGGCGACACCACGAAACGUUCAAGAGUUUGUGGAUGUUCACUUUCCUCAUUUUGGCCAUGUUUCCCGUCUUUCCUCCUGUCGGAAAACAUUCCGUCCCAAUCCUCGUAGAUAUCGGAGGAAUGAUUUUGACGGUCAUGGCCUUCUGGAGUUCGUUGGUCAUGCACCACGACCGUGAUCGAACGGUUCUAGUUUGCUACACGAUUGCCAUUCCAAUCACACUCUACGUCCGCCACAGUGUCAGCGAUAGUCUGGUCCAAGGGCAAGGACUCCCAGUACUGGAACAAGCCCUUUCUUGGAUUCUUCUCUGUUUGCCAUUGACACUGCCUCUAAUUGGUCCGUCCUUAGUUUGGCCUCGUUUGAUUGGCAUCGUCAUCACAUUGACACCGUCCUUUCUGCUCUUGUCAUUGUCUUACGAGGGAAUCUUUUUCGCCGUUCUAGUCGUGGCGUUGGCCAUUUGGAUCAGAUUGGAGGCCGCCAUUCCGGCCACGGAUUCCUUUUGGACUCAACUUCGGCGCUCGUAUUUUUUCCUCUUUCUCACGUUUCUCUCGUUCUUUGGACUGGGCAAUUUGGCCAGUCUCAACAGUUUCGAUCCUAGCAGCGUCCGCUGUUUUGUCACGACCUUCUCACCCUUCACCAUGGCCGGCCUUCUCCUGUGGAAGAUUACCGUGCCGUUCAUUGCCGUCUCGUCGGCCCUUUGGGCAAUUACAGUCCAGCACCAACUGUCAAUGAAGAAUGUUUACCUGAUGAUUCUGUUGCUAUCGGCAGCCAUGGCCGUCCAGUUCUUCCACUGGGUGACCUCGCGCGGCAGUUGGCUAGACAUUGGCACCUCCCUGUCUCACUACGUUAUCGUUCAAUUCACCGUUGUCUUUGUGAUGCUCCUCCGUUCCGUCGUCCAGUUCCUGACACACGGCCCCAUCUAUUUCCACGCCACACGACCCACCGCCAGUAAAUACGACAAAGACUGAGCUGCCGACGACGACGAGAAGAAUGGCACCCAUCAAAAUCCAGCGAAAAUUCUAGUUCCAUUUACUCCUCCUCCUUUUGAAAUAAUUCGCGCACACACAACAAUAAAAUGGGAAAAAUGUUUCGGCCGUCUAAUGAGUUGAAACUGGCCAAUCCCCAUGCCGCAGUUCAUUCA